UUCAUUCCAUUGUUGGAGUUCCGACAAACGUGAGGCGUACGUGAGCCACGUAUUAGACUUUCGGGCGUUUUUCCUGCCAGCGACUCCUAUAUACUCCUUUCGGAUCUCUCGUGCACAGUUUGACUUGCGAAUCCCAAUCCCUGGAGAUGGCCCUCAAGGUUUCAACGAAGGAGAACGUGCUGAAGGGCAUCGAGGCUGUUUCACUCAAAAAAUUGUUUCAGAUAUCUCCCAAAAAACAGUGUAUCUCUCCAACAAUUACUCAUCAGAAUGGAGUAAAAAAUGAUAUUGACGCUUGCAAAGUUGUUAAGAAAAUAGAUUUUGAAGAUUCUCAAAAAUUCGAUCCACAGUUGGAACCUCUUCUGAUGGAAAACCCAAGAAGAUUUGUCAUUUUCCCAAUUCAAUGGCCAGACAUCUGGCAGAUGUACAAAAAAGCGGAAGCUUCAUUCUGGACAGUAGAGGAAGUGGAUCUUUCAAAGGAUCUUAAAGACUGGCAAAAGUUGAACACAGAUGAGAAACACUUCAUCUCGCACGUAUUGGCAUUUUUCGCUGCCUCAGAUGGCAUUGUCAAUGAGAAUUUAGUGGAAAGGUUCAGUCAAGAAGUACAAGUUACAGAGGCUCGUUGCUUCUAUGGUUUCCAAAUUGCCAUAGAAAACAUCCAUUCAGAGAUGUACUCUAUUCUCAUUGACACUUACGUCAGUGAUCCAGAAAAAAGAGAGUUCUUAUUUAAUGCCAUUGAGACUCUGCCAUGUGUUACUAAAAAAGCCAACUGGGCUCUCAACUGGAUUAGCAAUGAGAGCGCUACAUUUGCCGAACGUGUUAUUGCUUUCGCUGCAGUCGAAGGUAUCUUUUUCAGUGGCAGUUUUGCAGCUAUUUUUUGGCUGAAAAAGCGAGGACUCAUGCCGGGUCUUACCUUCAGUAACGAACUCAUCUCUCGCGAUGAGGGAUUGCACUGUGAUUUUGCUUGUCUGUUGUUUAAACACAUUGUACAAAAGCCAUCUCCCGAAAAAGUCACCUCCAUUAUCAAAGAUGCCGUUGAAAUUGAACAAGAAUUUUUAACUGAUGCUCUGCCAGUGGAGAUGAUUGGCAUGAACUGCAAGCUCAUGUGCCAGUACAUUGAAUUUGUUGCAGACAGACUGCUGCAGGAGCUUGGAGUGCCCAAGCUGUACGGCUCAGAAAAUCCUUUCGACUUCAUGGAACAAAUUUCAUUGGAAGGAAAGACAAACUUCUUUGAGAAAAAAGUAGGCGAAUACCAGAAGUGGGGAGUCAUGCAGGAAAGAGAUAACACUGAGAAUACUUUCUCGUUAGAGGCUGACUUUUAAGUAUUAAGCAAAUUCGCAUUUAAUUUACAUUCUAUUCAUAUGUAUCACCUGACAUUCACAUAUACAAUUAUUUAGUUUCUUGUGGGGAAAAAAAUAUUGAUUUUAAUGUCCAUUAAUGACGGAUCGCUAAGAUGUUUAUACUAAUCAUUGACCUUUUAAAGACCACAAAUCACGUCUGAUUUUGAAAUUAUAUUGACCAAAGUUAGUUCAUUUCAAGUAACGUUUUCUUGUAUUGAAAGAGUUUGUAAACAAAUUUUGAUUAAAAUCUUGAAGUAUAAAAGUAGGCACAAACUCUACUCUAUAGGAAAGCGUUUGCUUUUAAAAUAAUUAAUAUUCGAAUUACUACAAAGUUCACUCUAUGUGAUUGCAAUUUAAAAAAAAAAA